AUGGCGGACCGCGUAGCCGGGGAAAAUAUCCCUGGCGGAACGUCGGAGGGAGACCAGAGCUCGGCAGAGCUCACGAGCCUCAAAGCGGAUGUAGGCUCGCUCGCAGAGCAGAUCAGCAAGUUGACGCUACUGGUAGGCGAGCUAACACGGAAGGAGGAGGAGUCCAGCGACGCCAGAGGGAGCGACGCUGGCCGCGGUGACGCUAGAGAGAGCGCCGCCGCGGCAUCUGCAGAAGUCCAAGAAGGGGCAUCACAGACUGGGAGCGCGCAGGACGACACGUACCUGCGCGAACGUUUCGGAGACUCUGGUCCGGAAGGACGACACAGCGGCGAAGCAGGGGGCUAUGUCGCCCAAGAGGAUUUCUGCCUGGUAGCAAACGGAGCAAACCUGUUGGACCACCGUCAUGAGGGGACAGUGGAGAUCCCCGUGAAUACCGAACGAAGCAAGUCGUCAUUGUGCCAACAAUACCCAGCCGAGCAAGUUGAGCUCGCGUUUCACGCGUGGAACUUUCUAAACCACGCUCUCAUCAAAGAUGACGAUCAAAAGACGAUGAAAAGGGCAGAGACGCCCCAAGGGGCCAUCCGGGAGUUAAAUGGAAUGUACGACCCGGAUAUCAGCAAUGCAACCGGUAUAAACGAAGGAUUUGUUCUCCACCGCUUUGUGUCCGCCCUUUCGGAUGAGUACGCUAUGACGAAGCAUGCCCUGCGACGCACGAACAAGCUGACCAAGGAGCAAGUGAUGAAGGAGAUCGCAAUCGAGUACAAAGCGAUCCUGGAGAAACAAAAGAAACGCAACGGCGCACGAGGCGACGAAAGGGCAUACAUCGCCGACGGUGGCGGCCGGAAGGGGCAGUCGUCUAGCCGUGGCCGUGGUCGUGGCGGCCGAGGUCGUGGAGGCGGCCGCAACGGUGGCCGCGGCGGUCGCAGCGGUGGCCGCGGCGGCGGCAACGGCGGGGGCGGCGGCGGCGUCGAGGAGAGCAAGGGAGAUGGAAAUGGAGGAGCAGGCGGCGGGGGCAGCGGCGGGGGCACGAGGUUCCCUGGCCGGUGCCACCGGUGCGGUCACGUCGGGCACCAGAUUGCUGACUGCACCACCGAAGAGAAGGACUUCAUUCCGCGUUGCGGGAAACGCGCAGGGUGGGGUCACAACGAGGACAAAUGCACUAGGGAGGAGGCUGUCCUGGCUCAAGUCAUGAGCUACGUGAGCGACGACGACUCCGCCACUGACCAGGCAUUCUGUGUUGUGGCACAACCCCCAGGCAAGUGUGGUAUCGUUGAUCUUGGUCUAGUGGGGGUUGAGGAACUUGGCCAGGAUGUCAUGCAGUACGUGGCUGACACGGCAGCCACGUGCUCCAUGUUCCGCUGUGCGAAUGCCUUCGUGAACUACCGUGAGUGUAACGGUUGGGUGCGGGGAAUUGGUGGCGACAAAGCCCCUGUCCCCCUCCUAGGAUACGGAGACGUGGUCGUAGUCCUCAAGUCGGAAGGUGGUUGGGUGCCUUUACCCAUUCCGAAUGCAGUUCAUGUACCCGAAGCCCCCUACAACCUCCUUUCUCUUACCACGUUGGCCGAGGAAGGCCACAAGUACUCGGGGCAAAAAGGGGGGCUCACGUUGACCACGAAGGCCGGGGGGGAAGUGUUUUUCCCCCGGACGGGCAAGCUGCUCACUCAGGAAGGCUAUCAAACACAGCCUACGGUAGACAUUGCCUGUGCCGCAGUCGUUGUUCCUGGCGAUGCGAGAGCAGCCACCCCCACUGACAUCAACGACUACCACAACUCCCANUCCUGGCGAUGCGAAAGCAGCCACCCCCACUGA